AUGGCUCAAUUUACCGACCCUUCCGUCAUCGAGGACAAUAUCUCCGCCAUCGCGAACGUCCGUCUUCCAGCGUUCUGGAAACAUUCGCCAGCUCAUUGGUUCUUGCACGCAGACGCCAUCUUUGCCUCACACCGCGUGUCGGCUAACAUGUCCAAGGUCAAUUUUUUGCUCUCCGCGCUCGACGAGGAAGGAAUUCGAGCAAUUGCGGAUAUUAUGGGACCCACUGUCCUAUACGAGUCGCUCCAGGCUCGACUGGUGGACGUCUUUGUCGACAUGCGCUCGUCACGCAUCCGCACCCUUAUCCAGCCCGGCGGGCUCGGCGACCGACGUCCGUCUCAGAUGCUCCGCGAGAUGCGGGAAUCUGUAGCGGGCGGUCUCAGUGAGCAGUUGCUCACUGAUCUCUGGCUCCAGAAGCUUCCGGCGAACGUCCACGCGGUCAUCGCGGGCCUCGAUGGUCCGCCCGAUAUGCUCGCGUUACGAGCUGACCGGGUUUUGGAGGCCUGUUCGUCACGGAUCGACACCGCGUCCUCAUCCGCCACUACCUCUUCUCCCGACCGUUUGGAUAGGCUCGAGGAUGGUCUCGAGACACUUACGCGUCAUUUCGGCCGAUUCCUUCGUCGCCUCGUCCGUCCGAGCACUCGCAGGCACGUCCGCCUAGCCCGCACGCCCGUUCCGUUCCCUCCGCGGGUGUUCCGUGCUAUUAUCACGCGCGUUACGGUAGCACUGCGAAGUGCCGUCCGCCGUGUAGCGAGAAGUCUGCUCUCGCGCGUCGCCCAGCGCGACACUCCUCGCAUUCGUCCACCGCGUCGGAAAAUCUGA